GUUGCGACUAGAACAGCGAAAUUAUGAUUCUCCGGCUUAGAGUAGUAUGAAGACAAAAUUCUAUCUCGCUAAUCAAUAUCAUUGUGUUCAAAAUUUCUAGCGAUAACCAAAACAAAGUGAUUAGAUUAAAACACUGCUGCAUUAAGGGGAUUGAACAAUUCAUAGGCAUUUAGUGGUGGUUUAUUAGUAAAAACGUCUCCAAUGUAUUUGCUUGUGUUUCUAUUUGUCUUCUUCAUUUGGUGCUACAAAAGUCAUGCCUCCAAAAGAUAUAUGCGACAUGCAGUUCGCAAUUUACAAGGGCCUUUUGCCAUACCCCUUUUGGGUUGUAUCCAGGAGAUUUCACGACUAAGACCCAAAAAUAUAACCUCCUCCGUAGCUUCGAUGUUUGCCAAAUAUGGGAAGCUUAUGAAAUUGUGGGCCUUUAAUCGUCUGCUGAUUGUGAGUGCCGAUAUUGAAUUCAAUGAGCAAAUACUGGCCAGUCCAACGCAUAUAACAAAAGUUGCCGUCUAUAAUAUGCUGCAUCCUUGGUUGGGUAUUGGUCUGCUAACUAGUGAUGGCAAAAAAUGGCAUACACGACGUAAAAUUAUAACGCCUACCUUUCAUUUUAAAAUUUUGGAAGAAUUUCUGGAGGUUUUUGAUCACCAGUCUACGAUAUUGUUGCAAUGUUUGGAGAAAAAAGCCGAUGGUCGCAGCACAAUAGACAUAUACCCCCUCAUAUGUCUAUUUACUCUGUAUGUGAUUGUGGAGACGGCAAUGGGUACUAAAGUGAAUGCCCAAACCAGUAAAAGCUGCCAAUAUGCCUCAGCUGUUCAUGAAAUGACUGAGUUAUUGGCCAUGCGCUUUGUUCGCCUGCAUUUAAACAAUGAACUGGUUUUCACUAUCUUACACCCUUUUAAAAAAUUACGUCAAACUCAACUGAUACAGAUUAUGCACAAUUUCACCAAGAGUGUUAUUGAGGAAAGAAGAAUUCUAUUGCAGCAAAACCAACAUAAAUCGCUACAUGCAGAAGACAAUGGAGAUAUGGGGUGCAAAAAACGUAGCGCAUUUUUGGAUGUCUUGCUACAGGCAACUGUUAAUGGUCAACCCUUGUCGGAUGAAGAUAUACGUGAAGAAGUGGACACUUUUAUGUUUGAGGGUCAUGACACCACAGCAUCAGCUUUAAGUUUUACUCUGCAUUUAUUGGCUCGACAUCCUAGGGUGCAAAAUAAAAUUCUAGCCGAGGUACAGCAAAUAUGUGGCAAUAGUGAAGACCCCCUGACAUUGAUGAACCUAAACGAAAUGAAAUAUCUGGAAUGUGUCAUAAGAGAAUCACUUCGCCUGUACCCUUCAGUGCCAAUUUUUGGACGACAAUUCAAGGAAGACUUUGCAUACACACACUCAACUCUGGGUGAUGGUGUCAUACCAGCUGGUUCAGAAUUGUACAUCUGGUCCACUCUGGUAUUAAGGGAUCCCAAACGUUAUCCGAAUCCUAGUGAAUUCGUGCCUGAACGGUUUGAGGAUGUCGAUGAAAAGAUCAACUUGUCUACCAGUCCAUUUAGUGCUGGUCCUCGCAACUGCAUUGGCCAAAAAUUUGCCAUGUACGAAAUGAAAAUCACUCUGAUGAAAAUUGUGCGGACAUUCGAAUUGCUACCAUUAGGAGAAGAUGUGCAGCCAAUACCAAAUAUUGUUAUGUGUUCAGAGAAUGGCAUGCAAUUAGGUUUAAGAAAACGGAAAGCUUAGUGUUAUAACAUCAAGUAAAUCGGUUCAGCAGAAGAAGUUACAACCUCCAGAAAGUUCUUUUUUUUAUUUUUUUUAUUCUUUAUUCCAUGGAAACAUAUAUCCUUACUAAUAUAAAUAUACAAACAACAUUGAUAUUUAACUGGGA